AAGCCACCGCGAGGGACAGCUCAUGCUGAGCGUUGCUGGCGGAGCUGUUUUGCACCGUCCUGCGCACGCAGCGCGCGGGCAGCUCCUCCCUGUGAGGUGAGAGAUCGGGUGCUGCUGAGAGGCCUCCUCCUGCCUCGGCUGCUGGAGACACCUGGGCUGGGCAUGGCGCUCGCCCUCGCCCUCCUGCCGCUGCUGCUCCUGCCCCGGGGCUCAGGGACUCUUGGAUGUCUUGAGAGUCAAGUGGUUCUUGUGACUGAAGGGGAGCCUGUGGUGAUGGAGUGUCCUUUCCACAAGCCCAGCGGCAGAGGCGAAACGUUCUAUGAGAUCCUCUGGAGCCACAGGAACGAGUCAAGAAGGAUCCUGCAGUUUAGGAUGAUACGGCCCAGUGCCUCCUGUGUGCAUCGCGGUGAAGGUCACUUCAGCGGCACUGUGGAUUUUGAAAGGAGCGUGAGCUUUCUCAACAUCUCGGAAGUGCUUGUGAAUGACACUGGCCCUUACCUCUGCUAUGCGAAGAUAGGGAGCAGCAACCCGACCGAGAAGGUGACUCACCUGCUCGUUAGGGGUCGGCAGCCGUGGGCAGCCUCGGGGGACCUCAGCUUCUCUGCACCUCAUGGAGGCGAAGUCACCUUGGACUGUCGUUUCCCCACCAACCUGCCAGGCAGCUUCACCGACCUCUUUUGGCUGCACGAGCGAGACCAGAGCCCACCCCGACUCGUAGCAUGGCACCUCUGGUCCAGUUUCCAGAACAACAACGGCAGCAUUGGGAGUCGUUUCCAGAGCACAUUUGAUCCGGAAAAUCACCGGAGCCGUCUCACCAUUACUGGGCUGGAAGAGAAGGACGGUGGCUGGUACCAGUGUGAGGGCCUGGGAGAGCUUUCAGGCAGGCAGAGAGGGACGAGAACCAACCUCGCUGUGAAAGGCUCCUCGGCUGUCCUGCUGGUCGUUCUGGGGAGCGUUGCGUUUGCUGUCAUGGCUCUGUGCUUGUACUUUCUGUACAAGCGUCACAUCCAGCUGAGGAGGCGGCGCACCUUGCAGGGCACGUCGGAUCCCUGCUGCAGGCCCGCAGAGGAGGGCGCGAGGCAGCCCGCAGGCGGGGAAGCCGUCAGUGUCAGCGCUGGCAGCGUGGCGGAGUACAGCGUGAGUGGGGUGUGGGCAGAGCCCAGCCACUGCUGCCUCCUGUGCAGGGGCUGGUGGCGGAGCCCUGCGGAGGAAGCCACGGAUGGGGCUGCUGGGCGGUAA